GAGAAGCUCUCUGCCACUCACACGGCGGCGUCGGCCCUGCCCCGGCUGCCGCCGCCCCUCCCUUUGCCCUUCACGGCGCCCGGCCCUCCUUGUCAGCAGCUUCCUUCUGCGCCUGGGCAGCCUGCCUUUCCCCUCUAGCUUUCCUUCCAGUCUCCUCCCCCGACUCUUAACAGCGGAGUCGCGGGUCCUGCAGUGUCCCAGAAGCCGCACGUAUAACUUGCUCGGUGGGCAACUCAUUCGAUUUCGGAGUUCUGUUAAUUCUUCUGAGAGAUUUCAAAUCCUCUAGAAGCCAAAAUGGGACACAGUAAACAGAUUAGGAUUUUACUACUGAACGAAAUGGAAAAGCUGGAAAGGACCCUCUUCAGACUUGAACAAGGGUUUGAACUGCAGUUCCGAUUGGGCCCAACUUUACAGGGAAAGGCAGUUACUGUGUAUACAAAUUACCCACUUCCUGGAGAAGCAUUUAAUCGAGAAAAAUUCCAUUCCCUGGAAUGGGAAAAUCCAACAGAAAGAGAAGAUGAUUCUGAUAAAUACUGUAAACUUAAUCUUCAACAAGCUGGAUCAUUUCAGUAUUACUUCCUUCAAGGAAAUGAGAAAAGUGGUGGAGGUUACAUAGUCGUGGACCCUAUUUUACGUGUUGGUGCUGAUAAUCAUGUGUUACCCUUGGACUGUGUUACUCUUCAGACAUUUUUAGCCAAGUGUAUGGGACCUUUUGAUGAAUGGGAAAGCAGACUUAUGGUUGCAAAAGAAUCAGGCUACAACAUGAUUCAUUUUACCCCACUGCAGACUCUUGGACUAUCCAGGUCUUGCUAUUCCCUUUCUGAUCAGUUAGAAUUAAAUCCUGACUUUUCAAGACCUAAUAAAAAGUACACCUGGACUGAUGUUGGACAGCUGGUACAAAAAUUGAAAAAGGAAUGGAAUAUUCUUUGUAUAACUGAUGUUGUCUACAAUCAUACUGCUGCUAAUAGUAGAUGGCUCCAGGAACAUCCAGAAAGUGCAUAUAACCUUGUGAAUUCCCCACACUUAAAACCUGCCUGGGUCUUAGACAGAGCACUUUGGCACUUAUCCUGUGACGUUGCAGAAGGGAAAUACAAAGACAGAGGAGUACCUGCUUUGAUCGAAAAUGAUCAUCAAAUGAAUUGCAUUCGAAAAGUAAUUUGGGAGGAUAUUUUUCCAAAGACUCAACUCUGGGAAUUUUUCCAAGUAGACGUUCACAAAGCAGUCGAGCAAUUUAGAGGACUUCUUACACAAGAAAAUAGGAAAACAACAAGGCCUGAUCCAAAUCACCACCUUAAGAUAAUUCAGGAUCCUGAAUACAGACGGCUUGGCUGUACUGUAGAUAUGAAUGUUGCUCUAGCAACUUUCAUACCACAUGACAAUGGGCCAGCCGCAAUUAAUGAAUGCUGCAAUUGGUUCAGGAAGAGAAUUGAGGAGUUAAAUUCAGAGAAGCAUCAACUCGUGAACUAUCAUCAGGAACAGGCAGUCAAUUGCCUUUUGGGAAACGUGUUUUAUGAACGACUGGCUGGCCAUGGUCCUAAACUAGGACCUGUUACUAGAAAACAUCCCUUGGUUACCAGAUAUUUUACUUUCCCUUUUGAAGACAUAUCCCUCUCUGUAGAAGAAUCGAUGAUUCAUGUCCCAAAUAAAGCUUGUUUUCUGAUGGCACAUAAUGGGUGGGUAAUGGGAGAUGAUCCCCUUCGAAAUUUUGCUGAACCAGGUUCAGAUGUUUAUCUAAGGAGAGAACUUAUUUGCUGGGGAGACAGUGUUAAAUUACGCUAUGGGAAAAAACCAGAGGACUGUCCUUAUCUCUGGGCACACAUGAAAAAAUACACAGAAAUCACCGCAACUUAUUUCCAGGGAGUCCGCCUUGAUAAUUGUCACUCAACACCUCUUCAUGUAGCAGAGUACAUGUUGGAUGCUGCUAGGAAAUUGCAACCCAAUUUAUAUGUAGUAGCUGAACUGUUCACAGGAAGUGAAGACCUGGACAAUGUCUUUGUUACUAGACUGGGCAUUAGUUCCUUAAUAAGAGAGGCAAUGAGUGCAUACGAUAGCCAUGAAGAGGGCAGAUUAGUUUACCGAUACGGAGGAGAACCUGUUGGAUCCUUUGUUCAGCCCUGUUUGAGGCCUUUAAUGCCAGCUAUUGCACAUGCCCUGUUUAUGGAUAUCACCCAUGAUAACGAGUGUCCUAUUGUGCAUAGGUCAGCAUAUGAUGCUCUCCCAAGUACCACAAUCGUUUCCAUGGCGUGUUGUGCUAGUGGUAGUACUAAAGGCUAUGACGAAUUAGUGCCUCACCAGAUUUCAGUAGUUUCUGAAGAGCGGUUUUACACUAAAUGGAAUCCUGCAGCAUCGCCAUCCAACGCUGGUGAAGUUAACUCCCAAAGUGGCAUUAUUGCGGCCAGGUGUGCUAUCAAUAAACUUCACCAAGAGCUUGGAGCCAAGGGUUUUAUUCAGGUGUAUGUGGAUCAAGUUGAUGCAGACAUAGUGGCUGUAACAAGACAUUCGCCCAGUAUCCACCAAUCAGUUGUAUCUGUUUCUAGAACUGCUUUCAGGAAUCCCAAGACUUCAUUUUACAGCAAGGAAGUGCCUCAAAUGUGCAUCCCUGGCAAAAUUGAAGAAGUAGUUCUUGAAGCUAGAACUGUUGAGAGAAAUACAGCACCUUAUAGGAAGGAUCCUAAUUCAAUCAAUGGAAUACCAAACAUCACAGUAGAAAUUAGAGAACAUAUUCAGCUCAAUGAAAGUAAAAUUGUUAAACAAGCUGGAGUUACUACAAAAGGACCCAAUGAAUAUAUUCAAGAAAUAGAAUUUGAAAAUUUGUCUCCAGGAAGUGUUAUUAUAUUCAGAGUUAGUCUUGACCCACAUGCGCAAGUUGCUGUUGGAAUUCUUCGAAAUCACCUGACACAGUUCAGUCCUCACUUUAAAUCUGGGAGUCUUGCUGUUGACAACGCAGACCCUAUAUUAAAAAUUCCUUUUGCUUCUAUUGCCUCUAGAUUAACUUUGGCUGAGCUAAAUCAGGUACUUUACCGAUGUGAAUCAGAAGAACACGAAGAUGGUGGAGGAUGUUAUAACAUACCAAACUGGUUACCUCUUAAAUAUGCAGGUCUUCAAGGAUUAAUGUCCGUAUUGGCAGAAAUAAGACCAAAGAAUGACUUGGGGCAUCCCUUCUGUGAUAAUUUGAGAUCUGGAGACUGGAUGAUUGACUAUGUCAGUAACCGACUUAUUUCACGGUCAGGAACUAUUGCUGAAGUUGGUAAAUGGUUGCAGGCUAUGUUCUGCUACCUGAAGCAGAUCCCACGUUACCUUAUCCCGUGUUACUUUGAUGCUAUAUUAAUCGGUGCAUACACCACUCUUCUGGAUGUAGCAUGGAAGCAAAUGUCAAGCUUUGUUCAGAAUGGUUCUACCUUUGUGAAACACCUUUCCUUGGGUUCCAUCCAAAUGUGUGGAGUAGGAAGAUUCUCUUCUCUGCCGCUUCUUUCACCUUCCCUUACGGAUGUACCAUGCAGGCUGAAUGAGAUCACAAGAGAGAAGGAGCAGUGUUGUGUGUCUCUAGCUGCAGGCUUACCUCACUUCUCUGCUGGUAUUUUCCGCUGCUGGGGAAGGGAUACUUUUAUUGCCCUUAGAGGUCUACUGCUGAUUACUGGACGCUAUUUGGAGGCCAGGAAUAUCAUUUUAGCAUUUGCCAGUACCCUGAGACAUGGCCUCAUUCCUAAUCUCCUGGGUGAAGGAACUCACGCCAGAUACAACUGCAGGGAUGCUGUGUGGUGGUGGCUGCAGUGUAUCCAGGACUAUUGUAAAAUGGUUCCAAAUGGUCUGGACAUUCUCAACUGCCCGGUUUCCAGAAUGUAUCCUACAGAUGACUCUGUUCCUUUGUCUGCCAGCACAGUGGAUCAACCAUUGUUUGAAGUAAUACAGGAAGCUAUGCAGAGACACAUGCAGGGCAUACAGUUCCGAGAGAGGAAUGCUGGUCCACAGAUAGAUCGGAACAUGAAGGAUGAAGGUUUUAAUAUUACUGCAGGGGUUGAUGAAGAAACAGGAUUUGUUUAUGGAGGAAAUCGCUUCAAUUGUGGUACAUGGAUGGAUAAAAUGGGAGAAAGUGACAGAGCUAGAAACAAAGGAAUCCCAGCCACACCAAGAGAUGGAUCUGCUGUGGAAAUUGUGGGCCUGAGUAAAUCUGCUGUUCGUUGGUUGCUGGAAUUAUCCCAAAAAAAUAUUUUUCCUUAUCAUUAUGUUACAGUGAAAAGACAUGGAAAGUCUGUGAGAGUCUCAUAUGAUGAAUGGAACAGAAAAAUACAAGAGAACUUUGAAAAGUUAUUUUAUGUGUCAGAAGACCCUUCAGAUGUCAAUGAAAAGCAUCCUAAUCUGGUGCACAAGCGGGGCAUAUACAAAGAUAGCUAUGGAGCGUCAAGCCCUUGGUGUGACUACCAGCUCAGGCCAAAUUUUACCAUAGCAAUGGUUGUGGCCCCUGAGCUCUUUACUACCCAAAAAGCAUGGAAGGCCUUGGAGAUUGCAGAAAAAAAAUUGCUUGGUCCUCUUGGCAUGAAAACUUUGGAUCCAGAUGAUAUGGUUUACUGUGGGACUUAUGACAAUGCCUUAGACAAUGACAACUAUAAUCUUGCUAAAGGUUUCAAUUAUCACCAAGGACCUGAGUGGCUGUGGCCUGUUGGGUAUUUUCUUCGUGCAAAAUUGUACUUUUCCAGAUUGAUGGGUCCAGAGACUACUGCAAAAACUAUAUUCUUGGUUAAAAAUGUUCUUUCUCGACAUUAUGUUCAUCUUGAGAGAUCCCCUUGGAAAGGACUUCCAGAGCUGACCAACGAGAAUGGCCAAUACUGUCCUUUCAGCUGUGAAACACAAGCCUGGUCAAUUGCUGCUGUUCUUGAAACACUCUAUGACUUAUAGUUGACUCAUGCAUAUUUCUUAAGUAUGCAAUCAGUUGUAUUGUUGAAUGCAGUUAUAAGGUAAUGUAAAUGUUUUAUAUGCACAUGCUAGAGUCACUUUUUAAAUCUCAUUCAUAUAAUAUUGAUGCCCUAAUAGGUAAGACUAUAAAGCAUUGGUUUUGCUAAUGUAGUUUUUGAUUUGAGUAAGAAAAAAAAUUAUCACUACCAAUGGAAUGUUUGUCUUUUGAAUUCAAGAAGUAUU